GGACGUUGUUGUUCGCGGCAGCAUCGAAUGAUGGAGCAAAUCUUGGCAGAGCUUUCCAGCUCAAUAUCCCGGCGCCUCUUGUAUACGCUCAACCGAUGGAAAUGGCAAUCCCUCCAGUUUCAACCCUACAGCAAGCGAAACGGACGCCAACUUCAGUCUACUUGGGGAGCAUGUCUCUUCUCACUGGGCCGCUGGCAUGAACGGACAUGAUCAGACUGUCAACGCCAUGUCGGGAACAUCGGUCGCAACACCGAUCGCUGCUGGCCUGGCCGCGUCGGUCCUGUCUUCUUUCCUGCAGCAGGAUCAGCACAUCGCUGUAGAAAGUGAAAGGCUGGGACUGUGGCUGAAAAAGAGACAAUUCCGCGGAUGCGGUCUUCAAGAACGGAGGCAGGGGGUCGGCUACGACUACAUCACGCCUCAUGUGCUCUUCGAUAGCGGUCCGACAAGAGAGGAUGUUUACGGGAGGAUCAAGGAUAUCAAAGGGAACAUGUACAAGUACUAG